AUGGAGCAGUUUCAUGUCACGAACUCAGUGGCAUUGCUCCCCAUGACAGUCUAUAAUGUUGGACUUGCGCUGGGUCCAAUAUUUGGUGCGCUUUCCGAGUCAUAUGGUCGACAAAUCAUGUACAUUGCCUCCAUAACGGGGGCGCUCGUGUUCACGGUUGUUGGGGCAUGGACCACGACCUUCUACGUAAUCGUGCUUACGCGAUUUUUGACCAGUUUGUGCGGAGCUCCAAUGAUUACAGUCGCCAUGGGCACAUUGAAUGAUGUAUGGGAUGCGAAGGUUAGCCGUGUGGGGGCAAUACUCAAUUUUCUCUUGACGAGUAUAGCCAUCUGGGGUACGGAGAUCGGUUCCCCUAUUGGUCCACGAUUGGAGGUGGAUAUUCCGAAGCAUUGCAAUCUUGUUUUCAAUCUGCGGUUUGGUCUGGCUGUGUCCAGAGACGCACGGAACAGAGAUCAUCCGCCGUAG